UUAUACAAGAUAUUCAACUAAAAAAAGUGGGAUAUACAAGGUGGUUUAUACCAUUUAUAAGAUAUUCAACUGAAAAAUGAUUCAUUAGUGUAUAUACAUAUAUAUAUUUUUUAUAUUCUAUAGAUAUAAAACAGAAUAUAGGAUGAAAUAGAAUAUAGGAUGAAAACAGCAGCAAAAUGGAGUUUUCCUUGGUAACUUAGCUUAGGUGCAGCUCCCUAUUCUGUAUUUUUUGGUAAAAAGCAGAAAGCCAAAUUCAAUAGAGAUAAUUUGGUGCAGGUAAAAAUCUGUCAUUUGAACUGCUCAGAGUCCUGUAAAAAGUUGUGUGGAUGAGAAUGGUUUUGAUACAUUCAUUCCUCAUUUUUUUUUUUCUCCAGACUCCCUUGAUAAAAUGAUCUCACUUUUGUACAGAUGUUGUAUCUCCUUCCCCUGCUGCAAAAUCAGAGGGUUUGAAACUGUCCAAAUCUCGUGGUUUCACUUAUUCUUUUAUUUUCCCCCAAAUAUCAGAGCUGUUGUUGCUUUAAAUCACAAGGAUUUUAAAUAAUAUUUUUCUAAAGGGUGUCCACCCGGGUUUUCAUUCAGUUAAUUCCUACUUUUACCUCUUUGCUGUUCAGAUUUGACUCUUUCUGUUCUGCAGUCGGGUUUUUAUUCGAGGCGUCGUCGCUUGGGUUUCGGAGGAAACGGCUCAAAGGAAAUGUGUGAGGGGUGAUAGGAGUGGAAAAGUGGCUGUGGUGGUUCACACCAAGGCCUGCUGCUGUCUCCUGCAGCUUCCAGAGAUGAGGGAGAGGGGGAAAAGAUGUGGAAAAUAAAAAAUAAAAAUAAAGAGAUCCCCUUGCUGCACUGCUCCAUCUCCAGCCCCUCCCAGCUCAGCCCUCUGCAUCCAGAUUUAUUAUGAGCCGUAAUAAAUCGAUUUUCAGGUGCCUCUCCAGGCUUCUCUUGAGCCUCAAUAACCUGAUUUGGAUCCUGGUGUUUUCUGGAGGGAUUUCUGACCCCGCUCGUGUUGUUUUGAGCCCGGAUUUUGGGAUGGAGGAGGACAGACAGCUCCUCCCUGUCCAUCCCCCUGUGCUGCUCGUUGGAUCACAGCUGUCCCCAGCUCCUCUGUUUUUAGGUUGAAAACUCUCAGCUUUCAUUAUUUCUUCAUUAAGGAAAUCUCGUUGGAGUUUUGCCAUCCUCUGAGCAUUUCCACUUCUCCCGUGUGUGUAUAUCAAAUUAUUUAACAUCAUUUUAUGUGCCGAGCCCACCAAACCCACCCACACUCAGAGCUUUUGGGCAAAGCAGGAAUUUCUAUCAUUUGGAAUGAUUUUUUAUUUGCUCUCUGCUGCCUUCCCCAUCAUUUAUUUCUAUUUUUCCCAGAGAUUCGUGUGCUUGCAGCCCAGCUGACGUUUUCAUACCUGUGUUUAUCAGCAGUGGCAAAGGUCACAGCAGAGCUCUGGAAAGCUCUGGGCUGGCUGCUCUGCUUUUCCCACAAAUUCUGGGCAUCAAACCAGGCUCUCCCAUCCUCCAAACCCCUCUGAUCCAGGCUCUCCCACCCUCCAAACCCCUCUGAGUUUUCUUGGAUGAAAAUCCCGGGGUUUUCUUGGAUGUUCAGGAACAGGUUAAGCCGAGUGUGCCGUCCACGCAUGACCUUCUCUAUUGUUUGCUCUUGGAACAGCUCAGCCCCGAUGGUAACACAAGAACUUUGAAUAGCAGCUGAGGAUCCAGGGCCUGCCUUUAUUUUAUUUUAUUUUCAAGGAGUUAUUGAUGCUGGAGGAACGCUCAGCACUGGAUUUUCAUCCUUUCCUUCGACCUGUGCUGUUGUGUUGUUAUUUUUGGAGGGCUCUGAGGUGGUGCCAAGCUGCGUGAAGGGGAAGCAGAGAUGUGUUGGGUCUCAUUUCCUACCUUCAGUUCACUCAAAAACUUUGGUAAAAUGUGGCUUUGUUUUUUCCAGGGCGUUCACACAGUGUGGUAAAAGGCUUUAGUUAAUUAAUAAUUUAUUACCUGCACAGGCUCCAUUCCUUGGGCUCACACGAUGAUGAUGAUGUCUUGAUGCAUUUAUUUUUAUUUUUAUUAUUUUUAUUUUGCUGUAGAGGCUGAGCAGUUUAUUGUGGAGCAAUUAAAACAUCUUUACCUGCAAGCAGAAGCUGUAGGUUGUUACCUCGUGAGGGGAUCAGGAGGAAAAAAGAUAAAAUCCCAACCAAACAUCCUGCAGGAUGGAUGUUCCCGGGGUGAUCUCGACAAACCCUGAGCUCCAACCGCUUCACAAACCUUGGCAAUUCCAUUUUUAGGGAAUUUUGCCUGAAAUCCUGAAAGAAAAGGAGUGAUUAUGGAAUUCUUUUCCCAAUAAGGAGGAAAUUUCCACUUCUGUUGUCCUCCCCCUUUGAAGGAAUUUGCUGCAGCUCUUCCUCUCUUCUGUCAUAAUGACUCUUAAUUACUAAAAGAUCGCUAAUUAGUGUGUUUUUAAUAACAAUUCGCUGUCACUGCCUGAAAUUGCUGUUUAUAAAUCGAUGUGGAGCUUCUUCCCUGGCUCUGCUCCCCAGAAACAUCCAGGAAUAAUUCCUGGGAUUCUCCAGGCACAUCCCAGGGCUGAUAAACCAGAGAAGUUCCAAAAACUUGGAUUGGAAUAUUUUGAUUUGAAGGCGGUUUUGGAUGAAAAAUGGGUGAAAAAUGGAUGAAAAAAGACAUUUUUUGUGCUGGUGGAUGGAUGAGGAAUGCUCAGUCUCGUCCAUCACUCUCAGUUGAUUAAAAAUAGAAAUUAAUGUUGAUUUCUGCCUGCUUUUUACCCCUCAGACAAAUCCCACCCUUCUAAAAAUGGGGGAAAAAAAAUUCAGGUUCACCUGAAUAAUUAAAUAAUUCAUAAUUGAACCAUGUCAAUAAUAAAUAAUUGAAUAAUCAGUGCCAGGCAUGGUUUUUCCAGGGAAUUUCUUAUCCAGAGGCACCAAAACUUAGAUUUGAUUUAUUUUUAACCUUAAUUCCCAGUUUUCCUAGGGCGUGGAGACAAGAUUCAACUGCUGAGAACGCUCUGAGCUGUUGUGCUGAGGGUUGGAAUUCCUCCAGCUGGGAAUCUGAAGUUUGGGAAUCUCUCCUGGCUUUGGGAAAGCCAAGAUUUCAUCUUUGAUAGCUUUUUAUUUAAAAAUGUGAUGAUUAUUUUGGGAAAGAGCCGUAGAGGAAGAUCCCUUUCCUAUGGAUAAUCACCGGAGAGUGUGAGCAGCAGUCUCAGAUAUUUAAAUUUUUAAUUUUUUUUUAUUUUUUGGUGGGAAUACUCCUCGUUUCCAGGUGUUUCAGCCUUCCCUCAACACACAGAAAUUUGGGAUUUUCCUCCAGCAGCGGGAACGGCGUCAAAUCCUGGGAUUGACCCAGCUGGGAAAACAAGCCAGGUUUGGGAACACCAAAAACAGGGGAGGUGGGAAAACAACCUGGCCUCUUUCCCAGCUCCCAGGGGUAACCAUGGGACUGCUGGGAUGGCAGCAAAUCCCCGAGGGAUUCGGGAAGGGAUUUGGGAUUUGGGAUUUGGGAUUUGGGAUUUGGGAUGGGAAUGUCGGAGGGAGCCAGGAUGAGGAAUCCCCGAGCGGCGCCGUUGGUGGAAAUGCCGGCUGUGUGCUCACAUCUCCCUUCUCACUCCUCCAUCCCAAAUCUGCCACUGACCCGAGCUGAGCUGCAUUCCUGGAGAGAUGUUUUUUCUGGAGAGCUUCUCCCGACUUUUGCAAAUAUUCCUCACCAUCCUCAUCCUCUUUGGGAAUUUUGAGCGUUCCCUCAGUACCAGAGGGCACAAAACCAGCGCCUGUUUGGUUCUGGGAAUUGUUGGAAAUCCCAGUGCCAAAACCUCAACCUUUUCAGGGCUAAAUAACAUCAAUUUCUUGUGCACUGCUGUGAUGUUUGUGGGAAUGAAUAUUCCCAGGACUGAACGCUUGGAAUUGAGGGAUUUCUCUGCAGGCAAUCCUUGGGAAUUGGGCAUAUCCAUUUAUAGAAAUAAAAGGGUUUUAUUUUCAUUUCUAUUUGAUAAAGACAAAGCUGCAGUUCAGCUUUUUGUUGUUGUUCUGUUCCUUUAUUUCCUGUCUGGACAGAGAAAUCCCAGUUUUUUUGGGAAUUCUGCUCAGCAGCCAGAGGUGGGGGCAGUUCUUUGCUCUUCAAGGUGGGCUUUGGACCUGUCAGGUUCCAGUGAUCUUUUCUGCUCGACUGCUGCAGGCAACAGGAAAGAAAAUCAACAUUUCCAACAUUUCCUGGAGCAAAACUCUCUGUGUCUUUGCCCUCCAGCUUUGCUGCUGCAGCUGAGCCAGCGAGGGGUUGGAAUUGUGAUGAGCUGUGACAGGGAAAUUGAGGUUUUUUCACACGUUUGGGUCGUUUCCCUGCCCAUUCCAGGGUCAGGAGACCACGGAUCAGAGCGUGGAGAGGGUUUGGAUUUCUGCUGGUGGAGCUGGGUUGGAUCCUCUGAAACGCUCCUGGGUUGGAGGAGGGGAUGGGAAUUUUGGUGUCGGUGUCGUAGGAGACUUUUCCCGUGGACAGCAUCCCCUGGCAAAGGUGGGGAUGCUUCAAGGCUCUCUUUGUUGGGGAUAAAAGGUUUAUCUAUAAAUUAUGGAAGGUUAAUAAAAGCCACAUGGCUUUAUUGCUGUUUUUAAGGAGGGUUCUGUCGGUGCCCUGAGCACUGCAAACAAAAUUGUUCCUGUCCUCCUGCGCGAGGAAUGCGCCGGGGUGGGGAAGAUGUGGGAAUUUUGUUUGUUUUGGUCUCCGAGUCUGGCUCCAGUGCGGACCCUGCUUUGUGUGUGCUCAUUCCAGCUUGCCUUCACCUUAAAAAUGGAAAUUCUCCAGCGUGGAGCAGGAGAUUCUCACUGCCUCAGUUAUUUCUCAGUCCUCUGCCGCUCGUUCCUUACAAAACAAGAAGAGAGUGAAGCUCUGAGAGGUUCUGGCUGUUGAGGAAGUGACUUUUAAUGGUGAUGGCACAAAACCCUUCAGCUGUAGCUCCUCAUUCUGUCGAAGAAGUGUUUGGAAAGCAUUAUAAAUAGUGUUUUUCCAUGUUUCGAAUCUAUUUGUUUCACUUUCCUUUCAGCUGUCAACACUUCAGAUUGGAACUGAAAUGCCUUAUUCUUUUAAGACAUCUUCAUUUCUUACCAAGCAGCUCGUCUGUUCUCAUUAGUGGAUCUGUGACAGUCUCAGAGUUAAAUGUGAGGAAGGUUCUUGGGGUAUUCAGAGAUUAAAAAGAAACAGCUCCAGGUAUUUCCAGAGGGUUUGUGGAAGGCUCAGCCAGGUUCCUGAGCUGUGGUUCAGCAGAGCAGAAACCUUGUGGCAAAUUUGACUUCGGUGUGGCUGCUGCAAACCUCAUUAAAGACGUGAAUCACCUCAUUUAGGGCUUUUAAAUAUCUUGUAAUUAGUGAUCUUGCAGGUGCUGGAGCUCUGAGGAGACGAUGGGAGUUUGGGGCUGGUUUUACUAAAGCCAGGGGUAGGGCCUUUCUAAUCUGGGCACUUGAGGUUUGAGAAUUAACGUGGAAUAAAAUCAGAGCGGUGUUUGAGACCGAAUGCUUUGCAGGGUUGGAAGGAGCAGAGAGGAUGGGGAGGGUUUGUGGUCAAAUUCAGAGAUUGCAAAUUCAGUGGCUGGGAAAUUGCAGAAGCCUCCCUCGUGUGCUGAGUGAGCUGCUUUGCUCCCAGAUAAAUCCAUCGAGUGUUGUGUGGAGUCGGAUCUUCUGGGGUUGGCUAUGAAAUAUUGAAUUGUUUCACGCAGAGGAUGCAGCCUGUCUCAUCAGUGGGUUUUAGCCAUCGUAUUUCUUUAUGAUUCCUUGGGAAUCCAGAAUUCCACAGGGAAUCACCAUUCCAGCUGGUGUCUCAGGCCUUCUGAUGAUGGACAAGCACUGAAAUAAUUUUUUCCAUGAAAACCAGGCCCUGAAGUUGAUUUUCUGGCUCCUGCCCGCCCAGUCGAUGCCAACUGGUGGUUACUGGUUUCACUGGCUGGGGAGGUGUUGUUCCCCGUUCUGGAGAAGUCAAACAGGUGACAAGUUGUACCAGUCUGAUUCAUUAGAUCCCAUUGGGAGACACUAAACAGCUGCCUUAAUGAGGAUGCUAAUUAACAGGAGGCAGAGCCCAGAGCAGGAUCCGCAGCUCUGACGGGAGGAGCGCGGAGAUGGAACGGGAAGAAGUUUCCUUUAACCCAGGAGUGGUGCCACGGGGUCAGCUGGGAUCAUAUUCCCUCUCCUUUUAAUGCCAUUGAUCUCCUGGCUCUGAGCCUUUUAUUUCUGCUGCAAACUGGGGGAGGCCCUUGGAAGUGCUGUUUGGAGUUCAGGACUGGCACAGCUUGGAUUUGUCAGUGCACAACUGCUUUUACAUCCAGCCAGAGCAGUAACAAAUUAUUGACAUUGGAGAUUUUAGUGAGUGAUUAAAAAAAAAUAACAAGUACAGCCACAACCAGGUUUUUACCCACAGAAUGGAAAUGCCUUUAAAAAAUCUCUGAGUGCAGAGUGGAAAAUAAACCCUGAGCACUUAAAAAAUACGUGAGCGUUGCGAAAGGGGGCGCAGAGCCUUUAAAAUCCUCCUCCUUAACGGCCUUCAAGCCCUUCCUAGCUCGGGUGAGGGUGCUGGAAGUGCCCCUAUUAAUUCCUUGUUUCGUU